AUGGCGGCAAAAGACCAGGAAGUCAGGCGGUACCGAAAAAUCACAAAUCGAGAUGGCGGGCAGAUAGGUCUGGAGGAUUCCAACAAGAAUGAGACUGUGGAGGAGUGCGUGGAGAAGAUAGUCAAAUUUGCUAAAGAAAAACUGAAAGUCACAAUAGAUAACGCUGAUAUUGACAUUGCACAUAGACUUGGGAUGUUUCAGCGGGACAAACCCCGAAAUAUUAUCUGUAAGUUUACCCACCGCAGGACUAAGUUUGAGAUUAUCAAACAGAGGAAAGUACUGAAGGGAUCACGAUGUUACAUUGUGGAAGAUUUAACCAGGACGAAUCAACAGAGACUUAAGGAGGCUUUUGAACUCCGAUGUGUUGAGCGAUCCUGGAGCACUGACGGAAAACUGUUUGUGUUACUUAAAAACGGGAAAAAAAGAAGAUUACAAUAUAACACAAUCCUGACGGAAUCAUUCUUGAUGAACGAUGCUAAUUUCAACCGUAAGUGA